AUGGAGACACAGAGCGCACUAGAUUGUGCGGUUCGGUUCGAGAAAUCUAUGAGCAGGAGUUUAGAAUAUCCUGUGAACCUUCUCAGGACAGAAGCGUUCGGCCACACUCUUGAAUCCUAUUGCAGAAGACUGAACGGCACCAAUAUAUUCGACCCUCAAUACCGGUCGCUAGCUUGCGUUAAUCUUUACGAAAAUUUUGAUUUAUCAAGGAAUCUCGACACGAUUCAGAAACUUAGCGGUUACCUCGACGAAGAAGAUGGUGCUCCACUAUGGCGAAUGGUAUUCAUCCAGUCUGCAUCCUCUCGGGGCGCACUGGGAUGCAGUCAAGAACAACUCACAUAUCUACUCACUUAUUAUCAAGUAAUGCCUUCGUUUCUAGACUUUGUUUUGAAUUUUAGCAUCCGAGGGGGGCCUGUGGCGCAUGCUUCAUUCAGACACGAAAACUAUCUCGAAAUGAAUAGUCCAGAACUCGCUCUGCCGGAACUUAAGCGAUCUGGGAUUCAAAUACAACAUUCUUUCAACCUCUUGUCCGUAGAGCGCGCUCGUAACCCAGAUGAGAAGAACCAAUGGCCUCUCCGCCAAGUUGCCCUAUAUCAUUCUUUCGACGUCACGAACGGAAGGUCUCUGUGGAUCAUCCUUAAGGGAAAUCAAUUAAUGGCACGCCGUAUCUUGGCCGCUACGAAAAACCAUAGACACUUAAAGGCUGCAGAGAUCAACAGCCCCGAAACAUCAUUCAUCGCUGGGCUGCAGGUACAGAUGAUGAUGAUCGAAUGGUGCUCCGAGAGCUGGCCUGAGUACAUUGACCACCUUGAGGCAGAGGUUGCUCAAACUUCCGUCGAAGGGAAAGCCGCACCGGUCGAGAAGAUGACCAGCCCCUCAGAAAUCGAGCUUAUGCAUUCACCAAAAACUACUAAUACUUGGGGAAGUCAAACAGGUAGUUCCUUGGCUAGUCCUAAACGACGAACUUUUCCUCGCUCUUCAUCGGAUCUACUGGCAAUCAUCCGAAGAAUGUCUGGACUUGAGAGCGGGGUGUCAACCUUGCCAAGGGAUGAACCAAACGAGAAAGAUAUCGAAGCAACGGCUGGACUUGUAGAGAAAGAAGAGGAUGAAGGUGAUAAGCUCUCUGACCUUGAGAAGGAGUUCUCCUUCGUGAAAUUCCAAAGGUUAAGCCUGCUAGGCCAAGAUAUAGAACAAGCCCUGGUGGUCAUCGAACAGAAUAAAGGGGUGCUGAAAGCGAUAGAAGAACAUUACCAUUCUGUCAUCGAGUCGUACGGUUUUACAACUCACAUGAAGAAAGACCUCUGCAACAGCGAUAUAACAACUUUCCUUACGAAGUUACGAAGUAUUGAAAGGGACCUAGACAUACAUUACGGUCGUAUACAGACGUUGUCCCGAGCACUAGAAAAUGACAAGACAGUGUUUACAACACUUCUUCAAUAUAAGAGCGAGAAAGUAUCGGAAUAUUUCGCAAGCAGCGCGAAGACGUCGUCCGAUCGAAUGGAAUCAAUGACGCAAAAAAUGCACAGCAUUGCGAUCCGUACCGAACAAGAGACAGUGUCUAUGCAUGUAAUUACAAUAUUUACACUCAUAUUCCUUCCAGGGACGUUUAUUGCUACCUUAUUCAGCAGCGGCGUUUUCAACUGGAACGACAAUGGGAAUCUUGAGUCCGACUGGGUCAUCCGACGAAGUGCCUUAAAGCUAUUCUUUUCCGUAUCCUUACCUAUGAUGGUUAUCAUUCUAUCGGCUUGGUCGAUGUUGUAUUUUUAUAUGCGACGUAAGAGGCAGGAGGAAGAGGGGAAGUGGAUGUUGCCAGUAACGGAACAGCAGCCACCCACAGGAAUCAGGACUAAUAGCGGGAUUUUCUCUGAAUUUGUAGACAAGCAAUCUAAGCAGCAUGUCGAAGAAUUCUCGGAGAAUAACAAGAGUUUUAUUCCGCUUCCAAUAUUACGUGAUUAUUGGGAAAGAGCGAAAAUCGCAAACAUCUUGAAUGCUUUCAACCCACCGCUUCCCUUUUGUAUCGAUACUAUCCAAGACGGCUACAUCCGUGUAUUCUCUAUACUUGUUCACUGCGGUCAAGUCUCCAACUUAGAACACUUCACCAAACACAACUUGCACGACAAUAUACUGCCGUUGAAGAAACGUCCAGAUGACUGGAAGGGUAGUUUCUACGAUACUCUAUUUAGCAAGUUUUCCAGGUGCCAAUGGACGUUUUGCCCCCUAAUGUUUGCACCUGCGCACCUGGAGGAUUGCCACCUUGACCCCAACCAAAUAUUACCAAUCGUGAAGUUAGAAAGGAUCACCAACGAACGGAUUACGCAAGGAGAUGCGGCGAUUAUUCAAAAGAUGACCAUUCACGAUUCAUGCCAUUCUCUCACACCAGAAGGCCAACCAAAACAGAGUACCUUUGUACUCAAGACGUACCAUAACCACAGGUUUCAGCGGAUCUACGAAAAUGAAAUCGACGCUUUACGGACGCUCAAAAACCAGCGUUCACCAAACGUCAUUACGUAUUAUGGUUCCUUCCGGCAGGAUGGGACUUGUAAUAUAAUACUCGAAUAUGCCAAUGGAGGGGAUCUUGCCCAGUUUCUCAAGAAAACUCCCAGUCCGAAGGGGGACGAAGUCAUCCAGUUCUGGAAAAGCAUAUCUCUAUGUUUUGGAGGUCUGCAUUACAUCCACCACUUGGUCAACACUGGUGGAUAUCAUCUCAAUGGGAUUCAUGAAGAUAUCAAACCAGAGAACAUAUUGCUCUUUAAGGGGAAUUCAGGGUCGCCCUACGACUUUGUCCCUAAAAUUGCAGACUUUGGACUAUUUACGCGCGUCAGGAGGUCGAAAAUAAAUAGCUUUGACGCAAUGGGACGCGAUAGAAUUGGGAAUCAGUUCUACAGUUCUCCAGAGUCUAGUCAUCAUGCCUCAUAUCACGAGAACGCUCCGAAUACGAUCAACACUAGGGCCGACAUAUUCUCCUUUGGAACCGUCCUCAGUGAAGCCUCUGCUUGGGUAAAGGGAGGCUCUAGUGAAAUAACCAAGUAUUAUGAGCAACGGAGAGCUCUCCAUCGGACUAAACGAGCUUUCCGUGGGAACGAUUACGAAGGCUGUUUCCAUGACGGGGUGACCCGAUUGCCCGUUGUCGACGAGAUGCACACAACCAUCCGUGAUCACUGCAAAUCCACCAAUGACCUUAUUACACCACGUGCCCUUGACAUUAUAGAAAAGUAUAUGCUGUUACCUAAUGCGAACAGUCGAUCCAAUGCCAGGCAGCUUCAGGAGAGAUUUCAGCAAAUAUUCGACACCCCAGACCACGAGUCACUCAACUCAUUACUUAGCAUUUCGGAGCUAGAAUCGCCAUCAAUUAAAAGACAAGGUUUAUCGCUAGCGGAGUUGGCAGAAUAUCUGUCAAAACAACAGUCUACCACAAGCCGCGAUGGGAGGAAUGGCCAAACUUCCACGAAGAGAGAGAUCGACAACCUCUUGAAAGAUCUCCAGGUCAACGUUUUUGACAGGCACCACUUGUUCUUCAUUGAUGAUUCGACCUCAAUGAAGGAACAUGCAGAGUCGAUUAAUGAAGCCUUUUCAGCGCUCCACUAUCUAGCGAGACAUCUCGAAGGACACAAAGUUGAGCUUUCUGUUGCAUCAGGACCUAGACACCCACGUUGCAGGCGUCGAAGCAAGAAACUACUCCAGCUAGUAGAACGUCUUAAGUAUCAGCGAGAUCCAGAUAUGAUGGAGAACCGUUUUAGACGGCUCAUAGAUGAUGUUAUCAUCCCACGUCUACCGAACCAUAUAUUUGGCAUCAACGUAAACAUUCGCACUCGAAAGCCUACGAGCAUUUACGUUUUCACCGACGGUAAUUGGCGCGGGGAUGACACAGCAGCGUGCGGCGUGGAGAACCACAUUACGCGGCUGAGGGAAGAACUACAGAAAAGGGGGCUGGAUAGGAAUUACAUAUCCUUCCACUUCGUGCGACUCGGCGAUAAUGUAAAUGGGAAGAGAUAUCUCGGCUACUUGGAUCGUUUUGGUCGAGCUGACGGGCAGGACAACGUCGAUGUUAAGACUAUGUCUAGCCCCGUCAAGUCAAUUAUAAUCGGCCCCCUUACCCAGAGCAACGACGAGGAAGACGAGGAAGAUUUCGACUUCUAG